CAAAACAAAGAACAAAGUCGUCAACUGAAGACUCCAAGGCCCCAGUGAAAAGCUCGCAAGCCUCAAUUGAUCAAAUUCUCUUCAUCAAAACAACUAACAACUAGCGCUUACUCAGCAGCAUGGCCCCUCCACGUACGGCCAAGAAGUCAAGCAUCACAGCUGCACAGACUGCCUCACGUCAAGGUCCCACUGCCCGUAAACAAGUCGUCGAGGAAUACGACGAAGACACUCAGACCGACUGCAUGGAUAUGGACGACGAAGUUGAAGAUGAUCAGCUUGAUUCAUCACAAGGCACUGCAGUUCAGAAUGUCAUCAUGGGAGGUCUUAGCAACCAGAAGAAGCGUCAUGUCGUGAACAAGAAGAAAGUAAAAGAAGACUACAGCCGCACCAAGACCAAGUUGCAGGACAAUAUCACUGCUUUUUUUGACGAGCAUGAAGACCAGUCAGACACCGCCCACCGCGCCCAACUAAACCGCCUUGCUGACCUACUCGCCAUGAAAGCCACCCUCGAAUCACAAAUGACCAGCAAACUCGCCCACCUGCGCGCAGCCUACGACGCUCACUCAAAGGAGCUAUCAACCGUUGUCGACUCUCGAAUCAAGGAACUAAAGUGAAUCAACACCGUGGCCCACGGUCUGGACUCGCGACUCCUCGUAUGGGAGUGUGUGGUUCCCGAUUACCUGGCAGCCAAGAGGACAUUGAGUGACCCAUCACUGCGGUGUUGGUUCAGCAAAUCGAUUGAUAGUCUCUAGACUGCGUUGGGUGGAUAAGGGGGACAGGAAACAUGUGCUAAUUGUCGGUGUGAUGAAGCCGAGCGUGUGGUAUGGCUGGGCGGUGUACAAGGAGGGCCAUGAGAGUAAAGCUUUUGUUGAGUUAUCAAGCAUCAGACGCGAAUGCUUAGGUGCAAGUGGUGGCUCGGCGGGUUUUGCUCAGGCAUGCGAUCUCUACUGAUUCAAACUCCAACUGUAACUAGAGUGAACAGGACUCUGAAGCAUUGAAUUCACAUACAAGCUAUGGCAGAGAAAACCCUCGAACGAUGCAACGUGGUAUAGUCAUCAAUCUCUACAUGAACAAGGUAUCAUAAAUUUAUAAGUCGCAAUCAAAAC